GUCAAAUCAGGCGAACCCACUUCCCUCCUCCUCCAAAUUGUCUGUCUUUGUAGUACCACAAGGCAGCAGUGAGUGCAUCACUGGAAACGUGGAAGUGCGCAGGAGCCGCGCAUGGAAAUCGAAGGGAAAGAAGGAUCUAAGCAGCCAAAGGAGCAUCUGGUGGAUCUCUACCGCUGAACCAUGAGAAUCUAGUCGACAUUUCUCUAAGAAAGGGGAAUAGGUGCCCGAAAAGAGCCUGUCAAUCAGCGUCGAUGCGCGCAGCCAAAAAUGACGACAGUGGGACAGUGAUUUUCUUCCUCCGGCUUGUCAUUUUUUACAGUCAUAUGCUUGGACGCAAUUCAUCUCCUAUGUAUACAGAUCACAAAGGAAGGACUGGAAACCGAAUAAUUUCCAACACAGCCGCAAGUGCGCACAGAGACGUUUCAUCCUGGAAACCGUUUCCAGCGACUAAUUACGCAAAGAUAUUGGUGUUUUAUGGGCCGUUAAAGGAUUUUGAACUUUCGCAUGAAAACUUACUUUGUGAGUACAGUUUUGAACAGGUCGAUAUAGCCCCAACCUUCACGGGCGAUGAGUAGUCGACGCAGCAACUGAUAAACCUGUAAAACCUGGACUGCGACUGGCGCGUUUGGAUACCUUAUCCUGUGCGUCGCUUAUUUUAUUUUUUUUUUCAUAUGGCUUCUGUCUUCGGGGUUUGUAAACUACUGGUACAUUAUUGAUAUUUCAUGGCUGUAGAGUGUACCAACACUAGUGCGUGGCGAAAGUGGACGGUGCAAGACUAAUUGGAGCGAAGACAGCGCACUUUUAUCGCCUUAUUUCCAAACAGGAGACAUUGCGCACGGGCAUUCACGACUGCAGCAACUAGCUACAACCCAGACUUUUUUUUUUUAAUCAUUGAAUCCUUUGUUGUUUCUUUCGCUGCUGUCAUCGUAGUAUGUCUGCACUUCGAAAGAAAUUUGGGGACGAUUAUCAGGUAGUGACCACCUCAUCUAGCGGGUCUGGAUUCAAUCAGCAUCCCCCAGAGAAAAAGAGGAAGAGGCAGCGGUUCGUGGACAAGAACGGGCGAUGUAACGUCCAGCAUGGGAACCUGGGUGGUGAAACCAGCAGAUACCUCUCAGACUUAUUCACAACACUCGUAGAUUUGAAAUGGCGCUGGAAUCUAUUUAUUUUCAUCCUCACCUACACUGUCGCUUGGCUCUUCAUGGCCUCUAUGUGGUGGUGCAUUGCAUACAUCAGAGGAGACCUCAACAGAGCCCACAAUGACAAGUACACUCCAUGUGUGGCCAAUGUCUAUAACUUUCCCUCAGCCUUUCUCUUCUUCAUAGAGACCGAGGCCACAAUAGGAUAUGGUUACAGAUACAUCACAGACAAAUGUCCCGAGGGGAUCAUUCUCUUUCUUUUCCAGUCGAUCCUCGGAUCGAUCGUCGAUGCCUUUCUGAUCGGCUGCAUGUUUAUCAAGAUGUCUCAGCCCAAGAAAAGGGCCGAGACUUUGAUGUUCAGUGAACAUGCGGUGAUUUCUAUGCGAGAUGGAAAACUAACUCUCAUGUUCAGGGUCGGCAACCUGCGUAACAGCCAUAUGGUGUCUGCACAGAUCCGCUGCAAAUUGCUGAAAUCUCGCCAGACGCCCGAGGGUGAGUUUCUUCCGCUGGAUCAGUUGGAGUUGGAUGUGGGUUUCAGUACCGGGGCAGACCAGCUCUUUCUCGUCUCACCACUCACGAUCUGCCAUGUGAUUGACACCAAAAGCCCCUUCUACGACCUCUCCCAGAGGUCCAUGCAAACAGAGCAGUUUGAAAUUGUGGUGAUACUAGAAGGAAUAGUAGAGACUACAGAUAUAGCCACGUGCGGGGGAACCUUGUUGAUGAGUGGUUAAAGAUGCACACACUGUGACCGCGAAGUUCCUGGUAAGAUUUGACAACCUAUGUCACCCCUUCUCCCUUCUCUAUAUUCUAUCAAGUAAAGGGAAAAACACCACAAAAGAAUCUUAAAAUAAAGACAUAGCCAGGUGUAUCUAGUACAGAGUAUAAAAAAUGUGUACAGAAAGUAAUCUGAAGUUGUAUGAGUGCUUGUUUGGUUUCACUUUUUGACACAUACUGUAUGUUAACUGUUGUUACCAACACCCCUAACUGGCUGGGAGUGACAACACUGCACACCACACAUCUGAGGUGUUUCUUCCUCACAGGUGUGAUGUUCUGCAGUCGCAUGUUCCCAGCAGCAAACAGCAGCGGCGAUAGGAUAGGAUAGAUCCCCCCGUUGUGUGUGUGUUUAUGACAAAAUGCUCAUAUGAUACAGAAUGUGGUGCCAUGAAGAUGACACGGAUAUAAAACACUGCAAUAUACUGUAAGAGUGAUAGAUGAUAGAGGAAGAGAAAAUUACCCUGUGCUUUAAUAAUGUUGAUAUUUGUAAUAUGAGCUCUGGCCUUCACUGAUGACAAGUCACCAAAAUAUAUGAUUUACCCACAAAAACAAAGGCACUCUGAGCUGCGGUUUUGUGUUGUAAAAGGUCAUGUUUCAGGGACAGUAAAACCAUUGUGAUCUGACUCUGGAGCCAUAUGGAUCAUCUGACCCUGCCCUCAGUGGAAAAUCCAUUUUGAGCAGUUUUUCUUUUACCGUCGUGAUCUAAAAGAGAGACUUUUGUUUUAUGUUAUAAUUGUUACUUUUGACUCAGAAGUGAAAAGGUUUAUGGCUGCCGCUUGCACACAUUCCUACAGUUUUGUUUCCAUAGAAACACUGAGUCCCGGGCAGGCGUGUAUUUUAGAGUUACAUAAGCCUUUACCAGUAAUACGAAAUACACACCGACAUGGGUAUUCGCAUUUGACUGGAUUCCUAUUUUUAGGAAUUUUAUUCAGUAACAGAACAUUUCUUAUUAUUUUAUACUCAGGCUAUUUUUAGCUGUUUAACUGUACUCUGUUAACAUCUUUUUCUUCUACAUAACAAUUUCCAUCACAAAUCGAACUGUGUCGUGGCCUCAGUGAAAGUCGAGGCGCACAGUUCGUUACCAUUGCUGUGUCAGUGCCAUGAAUGUGGGUGCUGCAGAAACAGCUGGUCUUUAGCAACACAAUUGUACAUGUGUCAUGCAAUCAUGUCUAUAAUUGUGCUUGGCUCAGGCAUCAAACAUUGAAUAACGUAUGGAAAUUAAAUGUAUAUUAAUGACCAUGAUUAAGUCUAGUGCCAUUGUUAGUUUUAUGAAGAAGGGUACAGUUGAUUAGACCAUCUACAUCAGUGAGAGUGUUGAGAAUCAGGCUGAAUAGGGAUUCAGCCCCAGGCCUGCAGGGUUCAUGGGUUUCCAAAGGUCUUACAGCAACUCCUACACCAUCUGCAGGAACAAUAGAGCAUUAUUAAUAGAUGUAAGAUGAAGCUAUUUGGGUCUUUUGUAUUACUGUGGCAACCUUUUGCCUCAGGCACAGUUUCAUUUCACUUGUUCCAACCUUUUUUCUUCACUCCUGUAUGUACUGUAUGGAUGUCCAGUUAACAUUGCAGCGAUGACUGUACUAUUUGAUAAAGCAGGUACUGUAUGGCUGACUUCUGGUGGUGAUUAAGUUGCUGUUAUAAAUCACAACUGAAAGCAUUUUACACCCCAGUUUUCUCAGAAUCAGUAUAUGUAAGCCUGUCGAUGAUCAAAUGGUGACUAUAUUUUGGCUGGAGGCAUCUUAAAAGGUUCACAAUGCAAUAAGAUUUCCAUUCACACUUAACUCUCAAUCACUUUGGCCCUAAAGUUCUCAUUAGCUUUGCCUGCUUUAUUCACUGCAGCAUACUUCCAUAUGCCUAAAGGCUCCGGGACUCUGAGGCAAUAGUGCAGAAGUAAUACUUUGAAUACCCCAAACACACUUGAUGUUCAGUCUCUUGCACAUCUGCGAUUGUGUACAGAGCUGUUAUCAGUGAAUUAUUUUAUGACCUUGGGAAUCGGGUGGAAUCACAGAUGCCUCUAGUUGCGAUGAUGACAUCCACAUCUCACUGCUUCGUCUUAGUUUGAACCCAACUAUCGCUGCUAGAACAAUAUUAAGUUGGUAAUUAAAACGUGAUAAUAACCUACUGCAGUCACUGAUUUCCUAAUGGAUUUCAACAAGUCUUAACAUGAGGACUCCCAGCCAUUUCUCUAUGCUAAAAUAAGGGCUUUUUGGACUGAUAUAACCACUUUAGUGGUUUGUUUUAGAUGUAAACCUAAUUAUAGUUUUUCUUUCAGUAAGAAAUGAAAAUAGUUUUUUCAGCCGAAUGUUAACUAAUGCACAGGCAGCUAUGAUAGCAGCUGCUCAAUAAUGGUGACGAGUAAUCACUAAUAAGUAUCCAAUAACUUUGCAUGGGAAAAAAAUGUUGUUGAUCAUUAAUUCAAAUGAUUUUGCUAAUUGCAUUCAUUUGGGAGUUUUUAAGCAGGGAUUUAAUUCAGAGUCCCCUGUGAGGGAAAAUUUAUUUUUGAGUGUAUCAUAAUCUGCUUUUUUGUGCUAAGCAGAGCAUAGUUACGGGUACACACACACAAACCCAGAACAUGCGAAAUAGGAUGUUUUAUUUUAAUUAAAUAAUCUCAAAAUGACAGAAUUGUUUCGACGCAAACGUUUUGAACAUCACACUCCUUUUGGUUUUUCUCAAGCUGAGCAAUGUUAUGUAACAGUUACUGUAUGUAUCUUUUUGUGUUCUGGAUUAAAUUGGAUUCCCUUCAUUGUGUCAGAAAGCUCCAAAAAAACUUUAGAGUGAGCUAGACCUCCUGAAGCUUUUUCUGCAGCCGUUACUCCUGUGGCUUUGCCUCUCCAGCAAUUUGAUUAUCUUAAUCCUCUAUCUUUUGUAGCUACUAGCCAAGCUUAAGGUAUGGACUGAACUGUUAAGUAGCAUAAGAGGUGAUAUGGAAAAAACCUGUGGUUUUUUACUAGAAGCACAGAAUAUUAUGGGUUGUUCUCUGUCUUGGCUUUAACCUGUUUUGUAUGCAUUAAUGCGGAACCUCAGGUAAACAGAAAAUAUUAAAAACUAUUAAUAAAUAUAUUGAUAUCAGAUUUACUCUGUGAAUAUAUGACAAGUGCAUUGGCAGUUCCUUAUGAACAGUCAUUUCAAAAUGAAUUGGGUCUUUUAUGAUUAAAUAAUUAGUCAUUCUUAUAAAACACACAGCAAAUAACUUAAGUUCAGGCUGGAAACUGCUCAUAAACAUCACGUUUUGACUGAAAAAUCAAUUAAGCUUUUUAUUUAGGCAGCUGGCUCUGUAAUACAGUAAGUACAUAUUCAUUGAGACACUUUUGUUUGCAAUAUUGUUUGCUUUGUGAUCUGAAAAUGGCAAGAAUCGUGGUGAAUACCCUACUGUUGAUUCUUAUGGAACAGUGCCAAACAUAUAAUUAAAUCAGUGCUCUGUUGUUUAGAACUAGAGUCAUGAAACAUUUCAUCUUAAAAUGUUGGUCUUUACUGUGUUUGGCAACACAAUGACACAUAAUUUGUCAUAAUUUUUGAAGAAAUAAAUCUGACAAUUCCUCCAGUGGAUGGUCUUUAUGUUUUUUUUCUCUU